AUGUAUGUAGAACUUAAUUAAUGUGUAAUAAAUGAGAAAGAAAAUGUGAAAUAUUUUGAAAAAGCCUAAUAGAACAGAAUUUUUAAUAUCAUCUUUGGAUUGCUUAAUUAAUACAGAUUGCUAGUAGAGAGUAGAAUAAUAUAAUAUUCUGAUAAUAUCGCGACGUUUCUCGAAUUCAAUAUUAUUCUAAUGAAAAAUUUAAUAUACUAUUAGAAUUUGUUCUAAAAUUAUGUAAUCUCUAUAGAAUAUUUCAUAAUAUUCCUUUUAAUUUUUACCAAAAAUAAGGAUGUCAGAUAUUUGAAAUGUAUUAUAAGUAACCUCAAAUGUGAAUUAAGUGUAUAUGGAUCAUUGAUUAACUUGGAUUUGAUAAUAUUUUUCAAUAAAUUCUUGAAGCUUCAUCAUUACUAAAUAAUGCCAUAGUAAUAUUAUCAUUUUGCAAGAGGAUCAAAAAUUAGCAGUGGAAAUAAACUAUUGUCAAGUUGUGGUGGUAGAUAAUGUGUCAUCUUUACUUAAAAGAAAAAUAGUAUUGUAAUUAGGGUUUUUAGAAGAAAUAAAUUGGAUUCAAAUGGAAUUAAUCGGUUAUUGAUUUGA